CCAUAGAAGUCAACUGUUUAUUUUUGGCACCCAUCUGUCAAGUGCAAUGCUCUUCUCACUCUUCAGCAAAUAAUUAUUCGUUUUGGUCUCCGCCUGUCUGUGCUAAAAUUCUUCUCGACGACCUUACUGGAGAUUCUUUUCGCUGCACUUGAAUCGAAUGGCCUCCCUCACCUACACGACUCAGACAGUCAUACAAGUUCGCCAAGGAAAAUUGGACACAUGAGUCGAAACUAGUCUGAGCAUGGAUCCACUCCACACUAUUAAGAGUGAUGCUGAAAAGCAUGCCAAUCAUUCAUUCUGCCGAAACAUAGCCAGAUUUCGGGAUACAUGUAGGAGUCAGACCAGGUCUUCGGGUGGAUAUGCUCAUAAAAGGCGGAGUUUCGUAAACUGAAUUUUGAACUUUGUGUGAUCCCCUUGCCCAUUGGCCUUGACGCAGCUGUUGCAGGAAAGUUGCCGAGCAGCUGGACGCUGCCUACGAGCGCCAAAGUCAACUUCAUACCAUGAGGCGCAUGCUGAAAGGGAUGAUGUGGUCGAUAAAGACAGAAGGAGCAUGUAUACCCGUCAGCACUGCCCCCUUUCCAGUGGACCUCGUGUGUCUAAUCGGCAUCGACGAAAAGGAAGUGUAAGCCUAUGGCAGGAAAUGGGCCCGACGAAGGGCAGGCACAUCUUUCCAGAUGGAUUGUUGUUACUGCCCUGUUUACCAAGGCUGAAGUGGAUUCCUCCUCCGGUAAGUUCUCCGCUAGCUGCUUGGAAACACAUCCCACAAACCUUAAGCUAGAUUCCCAAAAAAUCCUGACACAGAUGAACGUAGUCGUCCGCUCGUACCCACUUUUGACAGAAAGAGGUCAAGAACGUCAGGAGGAAGAGGAAAGCUCCGCGGAGCUCAGUCCACUGUCCACGAGAAGAUCCAAGGGAAGACAAGAGUAUUCUUCACUAAAGAAGAGAAGACAAUUCGGCUGCCCUUGCUCGUGAUAGGAAAGGGCUGUUCUACAUUGCAAACAGAGUGUUCCAAGGGUGAAGCAAAUUUCUCGGUGAAGCAAAUUCGAGUCGUUCCGGUCGAAGCAGAGAUUGAAACAGUCAUGAACCAGUCAUUUAUGAUCAGCGCAGUGUCAACCAGCUGAGCGAGAGUGUCGGCUAGAUCCCGCAUUUCAGGAGGCAGCCAAAGAUGCCGUCAUGCAGACCUAGAUUCUCCAUCAGAUGAGGCCCCUUUCCGACAUAGAAGCCCUCUGGUAGAACAUGGACUUUCUCCCGUCAGCUUUCCUUAGCGUGUACAGAGCCUAAACACGCAGAUAGCAGAUAGCAGAUAGCUGCCAGCUACUAAUACUACAGGGCUUACUACUCGGUCACUGUGUGCAUGAUCCUGACUACUGGGAUGCAGGAAAUUCCCGGACCAGUUUCAUUCAGCUCCGGUUUAAGUAGCUCGGGGUUCAGCUCGGUAUGUUCUCGAGUGACUGAACUCAUAAAGUCAAUAACGCAUUAGAGAUAUUCUCCAGGAAGGAAACUCCAUGCGCUGCUUUUACUUACAGCACUCUGUCCUUAAAAAGGCAGUAGGCUCGCCAUCAUUGGUGUCCAGUAUUUCCCACCUCGGAGCUCCAGAAAUUGCAUACUCCCAGUCGUCGUGGAGCCUCUCGCCGUCCUGACCUGGACUGGUGCGAGAGGAGAGGAUGCACAGUCUCCCGGGCUCUGGCACCAUAACACGGCGCUAGCUCAGACUACUCCAAUUGUGUGUACAGAGACGGGUCUUCUACUUUCUGGAUUUUUUAUUCAGCCAUCAAUCAGCAGAGGUGCGCCCAGAGAGAAGCGUACUGUCCUGAAUCGAGAGAGCAGAAAGAACAGCAGAGUAGCGAGAGACACAAGCGUCGAUUCGAGUAUGGACCUACGUAUAGAUUCGGCGGUCGAACACUCUGCCUCGCUCCCUGAGGAUAUUCAAUCCUGAUGACUGGCUCUCGCUUGUCCGGGAAACUCGUGGGUUGAAGGGCGGGCUAGAGGGCGGCAGGCAGGGAGAGCGUCGACAGUGGUCUAAUUACUGAAGGUGAGGGUGUUGCGCCCCGAGGAAUCAGAUUCACGAGCAUGAAGGUGAAGACAACAACUCGAACAUGGGUUGUGCCAGCUACUCCAACCAAGCAGCACUGGCUAGCGCUGAAUAACUUAGAUAGAGUAGUGAACCCGACUUUUGUAAGCGUCAUUUUCUUCUACGAGGCGGUGCUCAAGAGCUCAAGCUAUGCCGAGGUCGUCGGCAAGCUGAAGCAGUCCCUGAGAGAAGUGCUCGUGGAAUUCUACCCUCUUGCAGGUCGACUGGCAUUGCGCGAGGACGGGCUCGUGGACGUGCACUGCAACGAUGCGGGCGUCAUGUUCUUCGAGGCGGUGGUCGAUUCAGAGCUCGGCGAUUCUGGCGCAGGAGGAGGAAGUGGAGGAAGCGGAGGAAGUGGAGGAGGAGGAGGAGGAGGAGGUGCUCAGCCUGCACCGGCACUGUCUGGAAUUGAAGCAGCUCGAUUGGGACCCGGGCCUACUUAUCUCCCGGACCAGCUCACGCCCAUGCCAGUCCUGAUCAUUCAGGUCACACAGUUCGCCUGCCAAUCCCUGGCCAUCGCCGUCAACUGGCACCACACCGUCGCAGACGGGUCAUCGGGCAUUCACUUCGUGAGAUCGUGGUCCGAAGUAGCUCGAGGUCAAGCGCUUUCACUGAGGCCUCUGCACUGUCGCGAGCUUCUGAGACCUCGCGAGAAGCUCGAUCCCACGCUCGUGCAAGGAUACAGCAACAGAGGACUCAAACUACAGGACUUGGACUCGGCCGCGCAGAUCAGCCGGGAGCCAGCCAUCUCCAAGGUGUUCCCGCUGGGCAAGCUGGCGGUUCAGAAGCUGAGGAGCCUCGUCAUGGUGGACGACGACACCACGGACAUUUUCUCCUUCACCACGGUCGAAGUGAUCUCGGCGUAUUUGUGGAAGCUGAUGGUGAGAGCGCGAGCGCCCCAGGAGCCCGAUGAGCAGGCCCCGACGCGCUUCUUCAUGUUCGUGGAUGGCAGGAAGCGGCUGGAUCUGCCGCCGGGCUACUUCGGCAACGUGGUGUGCAGCGCGUGCGCGGUGAGCACCGAGAGCGACAUCCGGGCGCAAUCGCUGUCGCACAUCGCGGGCCUGAUUCGGAAGGCCACGCGCGGCAUCACGCACGAUUACUUCCGCUCGCUCAUCGAUUGGGUCGAGCUCAAGGGCCUCACGGCGUCGCGGUCCGAGCACGUGAACUCGCUGGGCCGCGAUGUCGCCGGCACCUUCUGGCUCUUCUUCCCGCUCUACGAGACCGACUUCGGCUGGGGCGCGCCGACCUUCGCCUCGAGGAAUGCGCCCCCUCGCAGCCUCAUCGACGGCAUCAGCAUGAUGCCCAGCUCCCGCGGCGCAGGCUUCAUGUCGGCCGUGCUCAAUCUGCACAGGGAUCGCAUGGAGAAGCUCGAGCGCGAUCCCAUGUUCGGCGCGCUGCUCUCGCCGCCAGCCUCUGCCGCCAUCGGCGACGCUGCGAGCGCCAGGGCGUGACGAGCAGCUCGAUGUGCGGGUGUGUUGUAGUUUUGUAUAAAGCUAGCGUCCGGGGAUCGUGAGGGGCAGAGUCCGACGAGGAGCUCGUUCUCGUCGUAGCCAGAGUAGAUAGAAAGAGAGGGAGAGAGUCUGGGAGUGUUGUGUCCGUCAAACUUGCUCUUUGUCGAUCGAGUAUGAUUAUUAAUUUUACGCAAUUUCUUGGAUGCAAGCGCCCGAUGCAUGAGCCUCGGCCUCCCUCAGCUUGCCGAUGUUUGGAUGGGCCAAAGACCACAUUCAAUGUCUCUUCAGCGCCUCUCUGAGCGAAUCCAUUCGGGUCCGACGGGGUUUGUUCGUGAGACACGAGCCAGAGGUAUCGAUCGGUCUCUCUUGCACCGAGGCAUGGCAUGGAACGCACGACGACGGCUCCGCUCGAGCUUGCCUGCCGAGGUCUGCAAAUCGAAUUCCCAAGGCUGCGAGAUUCCCAAGCUUCACGAACUUGCUGGAAUUCGCAUCGCAGCGCAUCCGCGUGAUCCAUUCUUCGGCUGACGUCUUCUACAAGUUGUUAGGAGGGCUCUGGAUUGACAGAAUUUCAGUCGGUCUGCUCGUCGUACACGCCAGUGUCAGAGACCUCUGCUGUCAUUGCAGUAGCCAUGGUCGUAGCCUGUAACUAAAACUGCGUACACGUGACCUCCACAUGAACCUCUCGUUAUCGCCUCAUGACGGAUCCGCAGACGGACUCGUAUUAGUAUUCCCAUCUGCGGGCGUAUGUCAUCGUUCUCGCUUUGUCUGAUAUGAAAUUCCAACUUGCGCAGCUUGGGCUUCGGCAAAGUAAAGCAAACGGUG